AUGAGCACGGGCAUCUUAUACGUGUCCCUCCUCUACUAUGCUGGAAUAUCUUGCAUCUUCAAGAUGACCAAGAUUCCCCUCCUUUACAGGGACAAAAACUUUAGCUACAACGCCCUCCCUCUCGUCAUCUGGGCCUUCCUCGAGCCUGCCGUCACCAUCAUGGCCGCGUCCAUCCCCGUCAUCCACGCUAACCGCGGCAACAAUAAGAACGACAAUAACGCUAGCAAUAGGGACAUCGAUAUCGACAUCGACCUGGUGCAUCAUGAUGGCCUGCACAUCGAUGACCGUGCCACGGUACCGUCAACGAAGGGCCGGGUAUGGGGGGUAAUAACCUAUUAA